GAAGAAAGUGAAAGUGCACAUUGUAACGGGAUCAUUACGGCCCUGACAAAGCCUUCAUUGAAAAAGGACGCCAUCCCCUCGUCCUCGUAACAGUUGGUAUCGCCUGUGUGACAUAAUGACAAACCGUUAUACAGUACAUUUUCAUGGCUCAUAUCUGCUGUACGCUGUGUCGCUGUUCUUGGCCUGCUUGAUGGUCCUGCAGUCCAACCAGGUCAGAGAGAUGCAGGUCGAACUGCGGGAGCUGCGUCAGUGGACCAGUCUGGUGUGCGGGGACAUAAAGGAAUCGUCUACUGAUAUCUCGCGCUGCGGGAUAUCUGACUCUCACAGACAUACACAAUGGAAUGGAAUUCGAGGAAAGAGGGAGAUUUCAAGACAUGGGAGACGGAGACAGCGGCGCACUGCAGGGAGUAGUGCCUUUCUUCAUCUUGUUCCUCUGUCAUCACACUCAUAUGAUGAAGAUGAUUACACUCUGGUAGAAUGGGCUCUAGGACUGAGUCGUCUAGGGGAGGGGCUGCAGGUCUCUGGAGAAAAGGUCACCGUGGUAACCGAAGGGACUUACUUCAUCUACAGUCAGGUGCUGUAUAAAGACACCACAUGGACUAUGGGUCAUGUCAUCAAGAAGCGUCUACAUGGUAUUGAGACCAUCUUGAUGAAGUGCAUACAGAGUAUGCCCAGCAACAUCACUGUGGCCCAAAACACCUGCUACACAGCCGGUGUCCAUUACCUGGAGCCAGGAUCCACUCUGGAACUCUCCAUUCCCAGGAAAUCUGCUGGGCUUGUCCUCAAGCCUCACUCCACCUUCCUUGGCAUGUUCAGGAUCUGACACUGAGUGACGAUCUAACACAAAACCAUGUCUCUCCAGAACCCUACAAUCACUGCCUAUAAUAACCCGACAUGCUGACCUACUGCAUUGUGUUGCCUGAUAUUUAAUAAACUCUUAUCAAUAUCAAAAGUUUUGCAAGUACUACUCAGCCAGUGUUUUCCUUUCAGCACUCAUAUUGCGGUAGCCUGAUACAGAACAGUCACCAAAUAUCACAAAAUGUAGCCUAUUUUAGCAUCGGAAAGUGCACAGAUGUAAUGUUUUAAUUCCAUGAUAGAAAAUACAUAGGAUAUUAAUCAAGCAAAAUAGUGCAGUAGUACAGUGACCCAAUAUCAAAUUUCAAGUUUUAAUGAUACGUACACAAGUACAGUGAAAUGUCUUUCUUGCUAGCUCUAAACAGUACAGUGAGUGGUGACCCAAUAUGAGUACAGUGUACAGCAUCAUUGUGAAUUUCCCUCUGCUAAAUUAAACUUUCUCAGUUUGC